CCUGUUUUCAUGAUGCUGAAUUUUCUGAUGGGCUAGGUAUUUUUCGUAAUCCCCAUGGCAGGGGAGGAAAAAAAAAACCACCAAGAAAAAAAAAUUGGAGUCGGCAAAGGAGAACGGCGAGAGACGAGGACGAGGACAUCUAGGCUUCAGGUGACUGGCUACACAGCGACGCAACGCAUCACAACGCAAUGUAAUGUAGAGUGUGAGGGGAAAAUGAGAGGAUCGCGAACAACGACCAACCUGGUCUGGAGUACAGGUCGCUGGGGAUUUGAAUUUGCAAAGUCGCCUGCCUUUGAGUUCGAGUCCCUGGUGUCUGCGGAAAAGCAUGAACCCAUAUGUCCAAAACCUCGAGUUCACGUCCGUGCCUCCCUCCCUAUCCACCUUAUCGGGAAAAUGGUUUUGUUUCCUCUUUUUCGGAAUCCUCAAAGCCAGGAAACAUGCCUUCCUGCCCGCAUUCAUUCAUUAUAUCCACUGGGGGAGUGCUACAGACGUCAAAAUCCAGGCUGCUUCCCGACGCUGCAUUAGGUAGCCCUGCGUCAUCCACCGAGGCAGCGGGACGACAUGUACCGCGCCAGCGUAAAAGCAUGAAGUGGAAGCACAAUCCCACCUACGGCUAGGUAUUGUACAUAUAGUAUGGCGUUGGAGGCGCUCCCAGGGCUACGGGGGGCGGCCCAAAGCUAGGCUUGGCCAGCCACAGACGUGCUAGAAGUGCACGCUGUCAUGAUCAAAUCAAGUGGCGAUAUGAAAUGGCUAUCA